AUGUCGUGUCCUGUGAUGGCAUCGGUCCUGAAUCUCCAGAUAGUUGGGAAUGGAAGUGAACAACAGCUACAGAAGGAACUGGCGGAUGUACUGAUGGAUUCAUCAAUGGACACUCAACAUGGCACAAGGAAGCUUCAGAAGCAAUGCCAUCUUCUGCUACAAGCGAUGAAUCAUUAAACUGAGGACUUGACUCCAUCACCUGUUUAUUCAGGAUUGAUGGUAGUGCCGCAGAAACCCGAGAUGAGUCUACCAAUUCAAUCAACACAGGAAGUGGAUUCUCCAGAAUCAAGUCUCUCCACACCUGUCCCUGAUGAGGACAGCGUCUUGUUUAGCAAACUCACAUACUUGGGCUGUGCUUCAGUCAAUGCUCCUCGGAGUGAGGUGGAGGCUCUGCGGAUGAUGUCUAUUCUGCGGAGUCAGUGCCAAGUCCCAUUAGACGUGACUCUGUCGGUGCCUAACGUUUCAGAAGGAAUUGUGAGGCUAAUAGAUCCACAAAUCAACACUGAGAUUUCAAACUGUCCAAUCUACAAGAUCCUGUUUUGUGUGAGGGGACAUGAUGGCACUCCUGAGAGUGACUGUUUUGCGUUUACUGAAAGCCACUAUAAUGCCGAAAUUUUCAGAAUUCAUGUCUUUCGAUGUGAAAUACAAGAGGCAGUCAGUCGUAUACUGUACAGCUUCGCUACAGCUUUCCGGCGGUCAGCAAAGCAGACCCCACUCUCAGCAAAUCCACCAACACUAACUCCGGACAGUGACGUAUUCAUGUUCACAGUUUCUUUGGAGAUUAAAGAAGAUGACGGGAAGGGAUAUUUCAGUCCCCAAGAUAAAGAUAAGCAAUGCUUCAAGCUCCGUCAAGGAGUUGACAAGAAGAUUGUGAUCUACGUGCAGCAAACUUCCAACAAGGAACUUAUUAUUGAAAGGUGCUUCGGACUCCUUCUCAGUCCUGGCAAAGGUGUUCGCAACAGUGACAUGCACCUUUUAGAUCUGGAGUCGAUGGGUAAGAGCUCAGAUGGCAAAUCCUAUGUAAUCGCUGGGAGCUGGAAUCCCAAUACACCACACUUUCAAGCUGUGAAUGAAGAAACGCCUAAAGACAAGUUGCUUUAUAUGACAACUGCUGUUGAUUUGGUUGUUACCGAAGUCCAAGAGCCAGUGCGCUUUCUCCUGGAGACGAAAGUCCGUGUUUUCUCGCCCAGCGAGAGGAUGUUUUGGCCAUUCAGUAAACGAAGCUAUACCGAGACGUUCUACUUGAAGCUAAAACAGAUAGAACGGAAAGAACGAAAGAGCAACAGUGACACGCUGUAUGAGGUUGUGAGUUUAGAAAGUGAGACAGAGCGGGAGACGAGAAAAACCACAGUCACCCCCUCCAUGCGGCCACUUCAUUACGGAUCUCAGGGUUCAAUCAUCCCCUCACCCCCCGAGGAUGAUGAAGAGGAAGAUAAUGAUGAGCCUCUCCUGAGCGGUUCUGGUGACGUGUCUAAAGAAUGUGGGGAAAAGAUUUUGGAGACCUGGGGAGAUCUGUUGUCAAAGUGGCAUCUAAACCUGAGUGUGAGACCGAAGCAGCUGUCUGCCCUGGUCCGCAGUGGUGUCCCUGAAGCCUUACGCGGGGAAGUUUGGCAGCUGCUGGCUGGAUGUCACAAUAAUGACCAGAUGGUGGAAGACUACAGGACGCUGAUCACAAAAGAAUCUCCUCAGGACAGCGCUAUCACAAGGGACAUCAAUCGCACUUUCCCAGCACACGAUUACUUUAAGGACACCGGCGGAGAUGGUCAGGAUUCCUUGUACAAGAUAUGCAAGGCCUAUUCGGUUUACGAUGAGGAGAUUGGCUACUGUCAAGGCCAGUCGUUUCUUGCUGCUGUGCUUCUGCUUCAUAUGCCUGAAGAGCAGGCGUUCAGUGUACUGGUGAAGAUCAUGUUUGACUACGGACUCAGGGAACUUUUCAAACAAAAUUUCGAAGACUUGCAUUGCAAAUUCUAUCAGCUGGAGAAAUUGAUGCAGGAGUACAUUCCAGAUUUGUACAGCCAUUUCUUAAACAUCAGUCUUGAAGCACACAUGUAUGCCUCACAGUGGUUCCUGACUCUGUUUACUGCUAAAUUUCCUCUCUAUAUGGUCUUCCACAUCAUUGACCUGCUACUUUGUGAGGGAAUAAGCGUUAUCUUCAACGUUGCACUGGGUUUACUAAAGACCUCAAAAGAUGAUCUUCUGUUGACGGAUUUUGAAGGGGCCUUAAAAUUUUUCCGCGUUCAGCUUCCCAAAAGAUAUCGUUCGGAAGAAAAUGCUAAAAAGCUGAUGGAGUUGGCCUGUAGCAUGAAGAUCGGCCAGAAGAAGCUUAAGAAAUAUGAAAAGGAAUAUCAGGUGAUGCGGGAGCAGCAGGCACAGCAGGAGGACCCUGUGGAACGGUUUGAGCGUGAGAACCGGAGACUUCAGGAGGCCAACAUGAGAUUGGAACAGGAAAACGAUGACCUUGCACAUGAGCUGGUUACCAGCAAGAUUGCACUUCGGAAAGACCUGGACAAUGCUGAGGAGAAAGCAGACGCACUAAAUAAGGAGUUACUUAUGACCAAACAGAAGUUGGUAGAUGCUGAAGAUGAGAAGAAGAGACUGGAAGAUGAGGCGGCUCAGCUGAAGGAGAUGUGCCGGAGAGAGUUGGACAAGGCAGAAUCUGAGAUCAAGAAGAACAGCUCAAUUAUUGGCGAUUACAAGCAGAUCUGCUCUCAGCUGAGUGUGAGGCUAGAGCGGCAACAGUCAGGAAACAAGGCUGAGCUGGAACAAAUUCGGCUAAAGGUUGAAGGCUGUGAGCGAUGCUGUGAGCUCUUCAGUAAGGAGGGGGCACUUAAACUAGUCAGCACUUUGAGGGAUAAUUCUGACGAGGACCAGGACCACGAGAAAGAGUUACUGAAGAAUCAGUUGCGGGAGAUGGAGCUGGAGUUGGCACAAACCAAGUUGCAGCUGGUGGAGGCAGAGUGUAAAAUACAGGAUUUGGAGCAUCAUCUGGGUCUGGCAUUAAAUGAAGUACAAGCAGCAAAAAAGACCUGGUUCAACAGAACAAUAAGUUCCAUUAAAACAGCGACUGGCGCGCAGGGGAAAGAGACUUCAUAAGAGAACAAGUCAAAUGGGUAAAUUGGGGAAACAAAAUCCUACUGUAACAAUUCUGGUCCAAACAUAGUGUACACUAGCGGCCAGGAUGUUGCUCUUGUGAAUUUAAAAAACAUUGAUUAAUCUGGUUAACAGCUUCCUCCUCCUUUAAAAAAGAAUUUGUAACAAACGGCUUUAACCUUAGACUGGUUUUUAUACUGCUUAUUUUUAACACUAGACCCUGGCCCUGUGCUAUGGAAAUUUGGGUUCUAUUCCAUUUCUCCUGAGGCUAGUGGACAGAUGCUCUUCUUGGUAUCCUGAUGUGAUGCUGGCGGUCAGACCUAGGUGUGAGAAAUGAACUCUUACCACUCACUCCAAUUAAACAAGCAAAAAAAAUCUUAAGCAUUAUCUCAGAACUGUUUUUCAUUUUUCGCUAUACUCUUUUUGAUAUGUUUAUUUUUUUGUGACCCAUUUUGGAAUCAGAAACAGUUGGCGAGUAAAGUAACACUGCUCCAUUUGCAUGAGCGAGGGUCUCUGUAGGUUUUAAACUUUUUUUUGGGGGGGAAACAGGUUUAGGCGGAGUCUGCAGGAUGAUGGCCCUUGUAUGUAUCUAUUUAUAAUGGUUCAUGUUCUGCUGUUAGAGAGAGGUUUGCUGUAAGUGUCUGAAGUGGGAGGCACUGGGUUGUACAUAAAAAUGAAAUAAGUUUGUUUAUUUUUUACUUCUGCUCUAUGGUUUCCUACCAAGGUCCGGUGUAAUAUUUUAGCACAGGAGCUGAUGUGUUUCUGUUAGCGCUUUGUUCUGAACAUCAUACCACUGUCCUCCUGUUUGUUUAAUGCCAAAUGUGUUGUAAACUUCCUCAACAUUAACAAAGUGUGGACAUUGUAUUAGAGAAGAGAAACUGGGGUGCACUGUGUAUACUUUAUGCAUUGAAAUAUAUACUGGUUAAACAGUCCUGGGUUUGGUUCUUGUGUUUUUUUUGCUAUGCUGCUGGGAUUUCAUGUUAAAAUGGUUGCCAGGCUGACAAUUUGCUAACAAUCUCUGGACUUGAAGCUGAAUCAAUUUGACUCAAUUGUCCAUGUCUGGCCUGAAGUUGCUGUUCAUUGUUUAUUGUGAAAUGUAGUUUUCAAAGACGCCGGUUGUGACUGAAUAAGAAGUUUCUGGAAAAGUUUCCUGAACUGAAGAUUCCCGUCUGUACAUUUGCUGGAUUGCAGUCUGUUGUUCCCAAACGUUUAAUACAAUGAAUUGCACUGGA